AUGGAAGACCGUGGCCAAAACGUCGACCUUCCACCCGAGAUCAUAUAUGAGAUUCUUUCAAGGUUACCAGUGAAACCCUUGUACCGUUUCAAGUGUGUAUCAAAGCCAUGGCGGCCUCUAAUCUCCCAUCCUGAUUUCGUCGCAAACUAUUCCAAAGCCAUUGAGAAUAAGGACGUCUUCUUCAGAAGACGGCGCCUCCUUUUUACUCUUUAUGACCCGCCAAAACGGCUAUACUCUUUGAAUCUUGACCAGUUUCUCAAUGAGAAUCAUAAUGUUGACGUUGAUAGUUUAGUAGCAACGCCCACUGAGCUCGACUUUGUUUACAAUCAUAUUCCAACAGGUCAACUGGGUUGGAUUCCCUUUGUCCAUUGUUCCUGCUAUGGCUUGUUCUUGUCCCUUGUAGCUUCUGAAGGGUGUUACAGCGUCAGUUUGAUUAACCCUGUAACCAAGGAAUCGAAGACACUAGAAAAGGCACCAAUAGAGAGAUCAGAACGAGUGACGCGCUACCCUCGGCACUUAUAUGGACUUGGAUUUGAUUACUCCACUAACGAAUACAAGGUAAUUCACGUGCGGGAUUAUCAUCAUGGAACUGGUUUUUGUGUCUAUACAUUGCAGACUGAUUCUUGGCGACAGAUUGACCCCUUAUUUCCUUACAACCUUUUACCUUAUGAUGGGAUCCUGGUGAAUGGUGGUGUUCAUUGGUUGGUGACUAAGGUUGCAGAUAACUCGUUGGUGAUUAUGUCUUUUCUUUUAGCAGAGGAGGAGGUUAGAGAAAUUGCACUACCGCCCAAUGCCACUAGUUCAAUUCGACUAGUGGCGUUCAGAAAUUGGCUAUGUAUAACACCAGAAUCACCAAAGAAUGAUGAAGUAACAUUUAAUGAGUUUUGGAUCAUGAAGGAAUACGGAGUGAGGGAGUCUUGGACUAAAAUGCAGGUCUCCAUCCCAUUUCACCGGUUAUCACAUUCUGGCUUUUGGACAGAAACUUAUGAUUUGAUGGUGUUUGAUGAUUCGUUAGUUAUGUACAAUUUUGAUGAUGGAACAUUCUGGAAUCUAUCAAUUGGUAAUACUAGCGAAAAUCACUUUGGUACCGUUGGGAUCUAUUUGGAGAGCCUACCUUCACUCAAUCGAUCAAGAACAACAAGACCUAAGGAAGAUGAAUCCACUCAGUGA